GGUAAGCACCUCUUAGCGCCUGUGAAAAGUCUAGGCCAUGUCGAUGAGGAUUCUUUAUGAGCGACUAUACUCCAGGUGUCGACACACGCUCGCAGCAUACGUGCUGAAUCUGCCACGUGCCAAAGCCUGUCAGAUUUGGGCUUGAAGCAGCGAGCUGCGCAAUUGCCUAUUCGAGGAAUCCAUGGGUGAAAAAUGUUCUCAGCUAUCGCACCCCGCUAGACGGCCAUCAGCCUCUUUCAUCUUGGCGUACAUGGUUAGGUCAACAGAAUCCGCUAACAGGCCCGCUGAUAGCGCCGUGAGUAGGAGUGAAGAUGGAGGCCAGCUCAUAUAAUCUACGAAUCUGGGACUUCCCAUCCACACUAUUCACUUCAAAAAUGGCACCAACAAAUCUGUCCUCGCCAGCAGAAGUCUCUGAACAAAUCAGCGAGACUACCGCGCCAAAGUCUCCUCUCGUCUCCCUCCCAGCAGAACUUCGAAACAUAAUCUGGGCACUCGUAUUGGGCGAAAAAACGUUCGACAUCAAGUGCGAAGUGCGCAUCCCCUGGGGCACCACAACCACAAACCUCACCAUCCAAAAGCACUAUCUCUCGCUCCUUCGAACAUGCCGCCAAAUACACUCAGAGACCCGACUCCUCCCAUUCAAACUCAACAUCUUCCAGUUCAAAAGCGAAGACGCCUUCAAGCCAUGGCUGAACAAGUUCGAUCAGGCGCAACGGGCUGCUAUCACGGAGGUAAGGCUUAUGACGUGGAAGGCGAAACAUAUGGUUGAGAGUAGCGGGUUUGUGCCGAGGAGGUUGGGGGAUGUUUUUCCUGUCGAGAUGUGUGCGGGGUUGAGGAAAGUGCGUGUGGAGGUGAGGUAUACGGGGGUGGUGAGGGAGUGUGGUAAGUGGGAGUGUGGUGGGAACGAGCUGGAGGAUAGGGAUUGGGCGGAGCAGGAAGGGAGGUUGAGGUUGAGGUGGACGAGGCGCGAUCCCAGGUUGGUUGUUAGUUUUGAAAGGGUUGCGGUAUGAAGAAGACGUCGGUCGCUUUAUCAACUGAGAGAAAGGCUUGUCUCUCCUCAGGUCAAUUUGUCUCACUGGUUGAAAGUUUUGAACGGAUGAGAGAGCGGG